AUGGGCAUCUAUACUGCGAAUACAAAGAUAAGCGCAGAUCUACUAAAAACUACAGAUAGCACUCCAGAAGUACCAGAUAAAAGCAAUGUAGCAGUAAAUACUCUAGAGAAGCCAAGAACAAAAGGAGAAAUCUUUCAUAAUCGAAUUGUUAUGGUAUUUAGGGCUAUUUAUAUAUUUUCGGGUUAUAUAACUAGUUUAUUUUAUGCGCAACAGAUAGUAUUUUUAAUUAGAUUCUAUAUUAAGUAUUCUACAAUUUUAUAUAAUAUAGAGUUAGGCCUAGCUUGUUUACCUUUGUCUUUUACUGCGUGUGAAUUAAAGGCUGCAAAAAUUCUUUGGUAUUUUAUAGAUGAAUUUAGUCCUAAAAUUAAGAAUGACUCGCAUGGGGAUUUUAAUAUGAAAGAAAGGUUUUUUUACCUGCUGGCCACUCCCAUAGCUUUGAUGAUGUUAACAUUUGCAAUUAUUGACAUGUCUACUGCAGUUUAUAUUAUACAGCUAACCGCAUAUAUUUUUUGUCCAAUUGGCUUGGGGCUUCUUUAUUCUGAAAUCAUAAAAGCUGGUAUUCUAACACUUAUAUUCCCUUUUAUAUACAAGAAAGAAAUUCGGGGGAAGGAAAAUGGUCUAUUCCUGUAUUGCCGAAAAAUGUUUAUAUUUUGGUCAUUCACACUCUUAGCAGUUUAUAUUCUAUUAUUACUAUGGCUUAAAUAUUGUCAAUAUUACUUGAAUAUUGAUCUUAAAUACUUUCUAAUUCCCACCACAUAUGAUACUAAUUCAAAUUACACAAUCUUCAGUGAUUAA